CCUCCCGCCGGGCCGGGCCGGGCCGCAAAGAGGCCGAUGGGCGCCGUCGGGCCGGCAGCUUCCCUGGCAUGAGCGCGGGUGGCUGCGCUGCCGCCGCCGCUCCAACGCCCUAGUGCUGCCGCAGGGUACCGGGAGAGAGUGCGUGCGGCGGAGAGGAGCCGGCCGGGCCGCGCCAUGCGGCUGUGCGGGGCGCUGCUCAAGAGCCCUGUCCCCAAGCAGAUCGAGUAUUACUCCCGCUUCUCCCCUUCGCCUCUCUCCAUCAAGCAGUUCCUCGACUUCGGUCGUGACAAUGCGUGUGAGAAGACUUCAUACAUGUUUCUGCGGAAAGAGCUUCCAGUGCGACUGGCUAACACCAUGAGAGAAGUCAAUUUGUUGCCUGAUAACUUACUGAACAGGCCUUCAGUUGGUCUAGUACAGAGCUGGUACAUGCAAAGUUUCCUUGAGCUUUUAGAAUAUGAAAAUAAAAGUCCUGAGGAUCCUCACGUUCUGGACGACUUUUUAGAUGUUUUAAUUAAAGUCAGGAACAGACACAAUGAUGUGGUUCCAACCAUGGCUCAAGGGGUGAUUGAAUACAAGGAAAAAUAUGGCUUUGAUCCAUUUGUCAGCAGUAACAUCCAGUAUUUUCUAGACAGAUUCUACACCAACCGCAUCUCCUUCCGCAUGCUUAUUAACCAGCACACACUUCUUUUUGGUGGAGACAUUAAUCCUGCUCAUCCCAAACAUAUUGGAAGUAUUGAUCCUAAUUGUAAUGUGGCAGAGGUGGUUAAAGAUGCUUAUGAAACAGCUAAGAUGUUGUGUGAGCAGUACUACACAGUAGCACCUGAUCUGGAAGUGGAAGAAUUCAAUGCUAAAGCUCCAAACAAGCCAAUUCAAGUAGUCUACGUACCUUCUCAUUUGUUUCAUAUGUUAUUUGAGUUAUUCAAGAAUUCCAUGAGAGCCACAGUGGAAUGGCAUGAAGGUAAGAGAGAAGUCUACCCAUCGAUCAAAACCUUAGUCACUUUGGGAAAAGAAGAUCUAUCUAUUAAGAUAAGUGAUCAAGGUGGAGGUGUACCUUUAAGGAAAAUAGACAGAUUGUUUAACUACAUGUACUCAACAGCACCCAGGCCUAGUUUGGAGCCCUCAAGAGCUGUGCCUUUGGCUGGGUUUGGCUAUGGCUUGCCAAUUUCUCGUCUGUACGCCAGAUACUUUCAAGGUGACCUUAAACUCUACUCAAUGGAAGGUGUUGGUUCAGAUGCUGUUAUUUAUUUGAAGGCCCUUUCAAGUGAAUCAUUUGAAAGACUUCCAGUGUUUAAUAAGUCAGCCUGGCGACACUACAAGACCACUCCUGAAGCAGAUGAUUGGAGUAAUCCUAGCAGCGAACCAAGGGAUGCUUCUAAAUACAAAGCUAAUCGAUAAAUUGCCACCUUCUUUUGUCUCUGUUGGAGACGACCUCUGCAUUCAGUAUAAAGUCUCAGCUUUGUUCCGAAAUCCUUUGAAACCACCGUAGCUAAACACUUCCAAACAAAAGAUCUAAUCAGGGCAUUGGAAAAUCCUAAAGAACAAAGUGAUGAUUGGGACUUAAAGGAAGGCACUGAGCACGUUUGGUAUGUUGAAUCCCGUCUGCUUCACCAGAAUAUGCUUGGCUGCUUCAGUCGUGCGUUGACAAAAGGGGUUGCACUGUGAUUGCACUUCAGAAUACAGUCGUGUGACCAAAAAAAAAAGGCUACUGUUUGAAAUGGCCAAUUUUUAUUCCAGUGUGAGGAUUGGCAUGAGGAAGUGCAGAAUGCCUUGAAAUGCUGAACAGCCUCUUGCACAGCAAUGUGGCAGAAGAGAAAAGUUGGGAGUAGUUAAACAUAACGCUUUGGAGAAUCCAGUCUUGGCUGCAUUUCAUGUUGCACAAUGGCUCACAAAUGUCACCAGAGAUCCCUUUUCAGCUCUUCAGACCCUCUGUCUAAGGAGCUUCUAAGUACAUAGUUCUAAAAAGCAAACCAGGGUUGUGCAGCUUGAAAGUGAGGCUUUCCCCAGAAUUCCCAAAUCCAUUUGUCAAGUGCAUACAAAAAAAAAGAAUUGUGGUGUUGUAAGACUUUGGGACUUCCACUUCUUGGGGUGCACCUUAAGGAUUUGCUUGACACCCAAACACAGUAAUUGAUUUCUAGACACAGCAAUUGUUUUCUACACAUUUUUUCCUUCUUUUGAGGGGAGAACAAAAAUAAUUAGCUCAUUGCUCCAUGCAAGAGAUUCUCUCAAUAUAAAGGGCAGGAUAAUUCAAGGUUAUGUUUAUUGCCUAUAGGUAUUUUUUUAGAGGGGAGAGAGGUUGGACUGGGGAGGAAGAGGAAUAUUGCAAGGCUGGCCAGCAGGUCACACGAAAUGAAUUUGCCUUAAGAGCAUUGGUUGCUUGGAACCUGAUUAGUUUAAAACCCUUUGUAAAUAGUUUGCAAAGUUAUUUAUAUAUUUAGUGUCUGAUUAUUAGAGUCUGGUAAUGAUCUGAGUUGUAUAUAAAGAUGUUGUACAACAGCUUUUUUUUGGAGGGGGGAGUGUUAUUGGAUUAAAUACAGGGAACUGGAAACAGGAAUGGGAAGGACAAAGCAUAGCUGAAAGAACAAUCAAAGGAGGGGGGUGGGGGGAGAAAACCAACCCAAACCCCAAACUGUUCUCCUUUUAAACUUAGUAAGGGUUAUUCUGACCCGUAGAAACCCAUACUUCACCAAAUCUUUGCCAAAUACUGUUCCUGAUGCUACAACUUCCCAGGAAAACUAUUGAAAUGUUGAGAGUUCUGCUGAUAAUCCUAACCCUGGGAAUAAAGCAGAUGAGUUGUGGGCAGCUCUGAUGGAGCCUCAGUUCCUCACAGGUAUUUUGAUAUUCUAUUUUUUUUUUAAAGCUAUUGAAGAUUUGGAAAUAUGGAACUUGUUUACUGAAAUUGUGAGGAAGUGUCCCUUUGGUCCUCUCACUCUUUAUUUUUGUAAAGAACUUGAUCUGUCAGGUAAGCAGGGAAAUGCUGAGAAAUUCCGGGGUGUUUUUAGGGAAAGAAAAACCUCAGUUUGACUUCAUGAGAGUCCUUUGCACUUCCAUAGAACAUCUCAGCAAAGGUUUAAAGAGUGCUUGGAGCAAUAAACUUCACAUAGCCCCGUUUCUGAAGAGUCUGAGUCACAGAAAACAUCCAGCUGGAAGAGACCUCCAAGAUCAUCCAGUCCAGCCCUCAACCCAGUUUAGGGUCAAUCCUAAUCCGUGUCCUUAAGUGCCGGGUCUGCAGGCUGCUUAAACACCUCUAGCACUGCCCUGGGCAGACCAUUGCAACGUUUGACAACCCUUGCAGUGAAGAAAGACUUCCUAAUAUCCAGUCUGAAUCUCCCCUGGUGCAGCUUGGAGCCAUUUCCUGUCCUGUCCUCUGCUCCUGUCCCUUGCCACCAAGGAGCAGAGACUGCCCCCUCCUUGCCACAGCCUCCUUUCAGGUAGCUGUAGAGAGCAAUGAGGUCUCCCCUCAGCUUCCUCUUCUCCACACUGAAUGCCCCCAGCUCCCUUAGCCCCUCCUUGUAGCUCAGGUGCUCCAGGCUCUUCUCCAGCCUUGUUGCCCUUCUCUGGACAGGCUCCAGAACCUCAGUGUCCUCCUUGUAGUGAGUGGCCCAGAACUGAACACUUGAGGUAUGACCUCAGCAGCACUGAGUCCAGGGGAAUGAUCACUUCCCUGUCCCUGCUGGCCACAGUGUUUCUGUGACAUCCUUAACUUGCAAAAGCCUCAGUGGGUUCAGGAGCUGGUCUGUGACCUCAGGCAGGGCCUGAGGUGCUGUGGGCUUCACUAUGCUGUGGGCUUCACUAUGCUGUGCAGGCCAAGUCACCUUGAAGUGCCAAUGUGUUCUAAUGCUCUUCUGGACGCAUCUGUGGUGUGCUGCUGUGCUCUUCAGAGCUGAGGACACUAGGACAACUGCUGAGGGCUGUCUGACCAGCUGGCUGGUAAGUGGAGCCUUUGAGUCCCCCUCUGCCAGCAAACAGGAAGAGGGGGCAUGGGCCUGGCCUCUUCCUGAAUGAUCCCAGGCAAGAGGCUCUUCUCAUGACACAGUAAGGGUCUGCUGCCUCUGGCCUCCAGAGCAGUGAUUUGCCAUGUCUGCAAGCACUGCUGCAGAGAAGGCCAAUUGCUGCUCAAGCAAUGCAGCAGUGCUGCCGCUGGGGUGAGAGUUGUUGCUUGAGGGAAACAGCAGUUGGGAGUCGAAUUUAGUCACAGCUGCCCUCACCCCUAGCUUCUUGCUGGCUUUUAAAUUCAAGUUGCAUGUGUUGUCUGGUAAUCAUAGAGGAGGGCUUGCUUCAAAGUAGACAUUUCUGGUGAAACUCUUAUUUUCCCAGUGGCCAGUUUUCUCUGGAACAUUGCCUAAAACAUUGCAAGGGAUUAAGGUGGUUUGUGCAAGUAGCUGAAUUUUGCCUUCUGCUAGCAAUCAUAUUUUGAAGGGGUAAAUCCUGACCUGGUGCUGCUUCUUGGCUGUCUCUCUAUCCAUGAAGAGGGAAGGCAGAGUGGUAGGGUACUGAAAUUGUUUUCAGUGAGGACGUGAGAACUGUGGAAGCCAGGGAAUGAAAUUUGGAGACACCUUGAAGGAUGUUAUGGUCUAGAAGUAGUUCCUCUACUUUAUUGACAAAAGCAACUGCCUGGUUUUCAGAGCUGAAGUGCUCUAGUUGCAGACUGCAGUGGUCUGAAGUCCCCUGAAUUGACUACUCUUACCAAGAGCCCUCAGCAUCUACAAGGCAGGAAGGUGGAGCACAAGAAGUGUGUUUUCUUCCCACUCUCCAAGGUCUGUUUGUGGCCAUUACAGUGAAAGUGAGCAAGAAGCAACUUUUCUCCAGCCUUGUCCAGGCAAGCCUGUGCUUCAGUGGUUGGAGGUCUCAGCUAUGCCAAAGGUUGUCCACGUGGCCUCAUGCCAUGCUUCUGGCCUGGGCUAGUAGAGGAUUCUCCUGCUUACUGUAGCAGGCAUUGGACUAGAUAAGCUUUGGAGGUCCCUUCCAACCCAAACCAUUCUGUGAUUCUCCAUAGGGAAUGCUUAGGAAAAGCAGCAGGCCUGCAGUUAGAGGAGAGUUUGUCAGUGGAUAUGCCUGGAAAAUGAGGGUGGCUGAGAUUUUAAGGUGGUUGAGCUACAGCUGCUGAUCUGUUUUCAGUUACUCCCACCUUUUGUUAGAGGCAUUUUGGUUAGAGGCUGUCAGAGCUGUUGGUUGUCAUUUCUUGAGGCUGCUAAUUCUGAACUUGCUGCUGACCUGAAAGUGGAUUGAAUUUUUUUGGUUGGAUUUCAGAUGCAUGGUCUGCUGCUGCUACUGCCACCCAUCUCACUUAGAGAACACAUGAGUAGAGAAAGGGGUUGGGUUUUGCUGUCAGAAUGCUUCCUUGUCUGUUGUGUUUAGUAACUAAGAAGUGAGCAAGAGAUGUUUGCUCCUCAGCUCUUGCUGAGAAUUUGCAAGCAGCUUCUAUGUCUUAGAACCUUAGAGGUUGGAAGGGACCUCCAGGGAUCAGAGUCCAAACCUCCCUGCCAAAGCAGGAUUCCCUAGGGCAGGCUGCACAGGAAUGCAUCCAGGUGGGUUUUGAAGGUGGUCUGAGAAGCCUCUUAGCGUGUGACAAACAGUUUAACUCUUUCUUUUUGGUCCAGGGUACAUUUUGUUUGUGGCUUGGAUAAAACCUGAUUGAUGCACUGCUUAGUUUAAUAUUAAUGGCUGCUGAAGUGCCUGCAGAUCUUUGUGCUGCCUGCUUUUCUAGGCAGUGUUAGCAAGGGGGCGUUCAGAGUCUGCACCUGAUGAGAAGUACUCAGAAGAUGCAGAAGUGCUUUUUCACAGCUCAGAUGGACUCAAUCUUUGCUUGGGUGACCCUGGAUAGUACUGAGAGUCUUUGCCUUGGCUGUGCUUUGUGUUACCUCUUGGGCAGUGGUUACAGCAGUCCCUCGAUGUGUGCUUGCAGAACAGAGUUAGGACAUUAACUGUAGUGUUCUUGGAAAACUCCAGCUGCUUUCUGCCAGUGUAAGCUACACUUGCUGCUCCAGCUGGCUGACAUGCUUUGGAGUGUGGAGCUUGCUUUGAAACAGCUGUUCACUUCCUCCAAAAACUGACCAUGAGUGAUCUUUGAGUGUGGAGCAAUCUCCUCUUCACCUCUGCUCAAACCCUACUGUUCAGGGUGAAAUCUUGACCUCACUGACAUGGAAGACAUUUCCUCCCCUUCACUCUGUAAGAAGCACUUCUAGGGCCUUAUGUGAUAGGGGCUGCCAAGUGGGUUUGAAAGAUGAUCAGAGGGUUGGAGCACCUCUUCUUUGAGGAAAGCUAAAGGAGUUGUAUCUGUUCAGCCUGGGGAAGAAAAGGCUCUGUGGAGAUCUUAUAGUGGCCUUCCAGGACCUGAUGGGGGCCUACAGGAAGGCUGGAGGGAGAUGUUUUGUAAGGACAUGUGAUGGUAGGACCAGGGGCAGUGGUUUAAAACUAGAGCAAAGUAGAUUUAGAUCAGACAUUAGGAAGAAGCUCUUUACUAGGAGAGUGAGGGCUUGCCAAGGGAAGUUGUGGACACCUCAUCCCCAGAGCUGUUCUAAGACCAGACUGGAUGUGGCUUUGAGCACCUUGGUCCAGUGGAAGGUGUCCCUGCCUGAGGCAGGGGGAGUUGGAACUAGAUGAUCUUUAAGGUCCCUCCCUUCUGACUCAAACCAUUCUGUGAUUCCACGAUGUAAAUGAUUUUGUAGGAAGGAGCCUAAAUGUUCCUUGUUGGUGUUUCUCUCUUGAAGCUAACCAUGUGUCCCUGCCUGCAUCCCCAGCUGCCACAGAGAUGCUGGGGUUUCAAACAGCUCUUCAUCUCUCCUUCCUGACACACUGACCUACCUAACCUGUGCAUUAACAGACAGCAUUCUGGUUUUGCAGCCCUUAAUGUGAUGGCACAUGGCAGGAAGAUGCAUUGCUUGAGGUCAGAGGUGAGUUUAUUCCCAAAUAAGGAACACAGUUAAUUUAUGUAGCUACUUCAGGACUGAAUCUUGCAGAUACCUGCUGUGAGAGUAACCUCGCUUCAGUCAAACUGUUCUCAGGAUCAGAACUUAGGCUGUUGAUGUUAACUUGAACCAAAUGAAGGUUUGUUGUAAUUGGAGUGGCUUUCUAAUGAACAAUAAAUCAGAAAAUGUCAAGCCCA